GAGAGCUGCACAGCACACUCGACUCGCUGACUCGAGCGACUGGCGUACAGAGAAAGUUCACAGCUCGGUUUAGGCAACCUCUCUGCAGAAGUCCCAGGAGGAGAAAAAAUCUUACCCGCAAAAUUAGGCAGGAAUGCAACCCACAUUUGGACCGGAAUCGAGCGGAUACUGAACGUACGGAAGUGGAAUCGUCAAUUGCAGGUGGUGGUUCAGGGGCAGCCGGAAGGCAGGUACAGCCAUGUCUGCCAUCAAUUCGGAUACCGGUAGCACUGUACCGAAGAGCUUACCGGCGCAGGUCUCCACCGGAUCCAUGAUUGAUUGUCGGAAUGUGUAUAAAAUAUCGCCAACAAAACCGGUCAUCCCGAACGCCCAACAGCAGGAUAUCGUCAAAAUAAGGAUCACUAAGGAUGACAGUGGCAAUGGAUUUGGUUAUACCAAGACAAUUGUCUCUAAUACCCAAUCGACAGAAGGUAAAACUGACAACAGAAUUGCACCACAAACAAUAAAUAUAAAUUUAGCACAGCAACCAACAAUUCAAAUGAAAACUCCCCAGAACAAAAUAGUGUUUGUCAAAAUGAUGCCAAAAAUGCCCCAAAACGGCCCACAAGUUGUGGCGGCUUCGGCUUCUAGGAGUAGUAUUUCGCCCACCACAUUAGCGGUGGCUCGUAGUGUUCAAGGUCUGCGACCUAUUGCACAUGUUGGUUCUCCCCCAAAAUCUACUAUUAUAUCGGACAUAUCGACGACACCAGAGAAACCGAAAUCCACCGCAUCCAAGGAAAUUGCGAAAACUGAAAGCGAUACUUCGCUGUCUUCAAAUUCAACUCUGACGACAGUUACGUCUUCUUGUUCGUUCACUACCACUACUUCAACGGAGAGCGAGAUCUUCAACAACCAGCAAACCAGAUCUUCAUCUCCGCCGGUUGAUGACAAAGAAUUGGAUCAACCAACGGAACCUAACUCCCAAACAACAGAAGAAAAUGAACAGCACGACGAUCCGGACGACAGUGCCAGUAUCGGAAAUGUAAAAAUGUCCCGGGAAAUGAGGUGUCUCAAGGCGUCGCAGAGCAGUUCUAAGAUUCUCACGGAAUUCAUGUUGAAUUCGUCGUCGUCGGAGAAGUUACGGAAGCGCUGUCGCUCCCGUGGCGAAGGCGAGGACAGCCGCAGCUGUGGCAGUCUGACGCCAACCUCGCAAAAACGGUAUUCAGUUUCGGGCCGGGAAGACGACAUGGACAUGGACGAAAGCAAAGGCAGUCCAUCGUCGAAUGCGAAGCGUUCGGGCAUGCGCUCGGCCAAUGCGGAGUUUUCAAUGAAGCAAAAGAAGUUCCUCAGCAGCAUCCACCACCAGAGCGACGGGUCGGACAACUCCGACAACGAAGGGGAACGGUCGAAUGCGGCGGCGACCAGGAGUGCUAAGAAAGGAGUGGAAAUGCCAGUCCCUCCGCAAGCACCGAAGCUCGGAUGGGACAAGUUCUGCUGGCGGUGCAAAACCUGCGAACCGGGCCUGGAAACCUGCUCCGGGUGCAUACGGUGCUUUCAUCCGGUGUGCCUGAAAAUGAGUCCGGCCUUCUUUGUGGUGGAGAAAAAAUGGAACUGCCCCGAGUGUAUCAAGGCGGAUGCCCUGGCCGACGGUGCUAGCGAUAAACAUGCAAAGGACAUCAAACUGAAACAGGACAGCCUGACCGUAUCGCUCAAGUUUACGAUGAAGCGGAUGCAGCAACUGAAGGGGAGUUCAAUUCUAAAUCCACUGGAUAGAGAGAAUUUUCCCAACUACGAUGGAUACGUAACAAAACACAUCGAUCUCACAACCUUGCAGAACAACAUUGUAGAACACAAGUAUCAAACUACGGAGGCGUUCCAAGCUGAUGUGAACUGGAUUCUUCACAAUGCUUCGAUUUAUCCUUUGAACAGUAAACUGCUUUCGAUAGCGAAGGGCUUGAUUAAGAUUUGCAAGCAGGAAAUCAACGAGAUCGAAGCCUGCAACGAGUGCUACUUCAAUGCCAACACGUGUAAAACGUGGUUCACCGAAGUUUGCAGUAAGCCUCAUCUGCUGGUGUGGGCCAAAUUGAAAGGUUUUCCCUACUGGCCGGCGAAGCUAAUGUCGGUGAAUGUCAACCAGUUGGCAGAUGUUCGCUUCUUCGGUGAUCACGACCGAGCCUGGGUGCCUAUCAAGGAAUGCUUUCUGUUCUGCGAUAAGGAUCCCAACACGAAGCUGCAACGGCGAACCAAUAUGGCCGAAUGUAUGCGAGAGGCUGAUACGUACAUUUCCAAGCUGAAGAAGAAAUUCGGGAGCUUCAAGUAUGCGGAAUUUAGGACUCCUUUGGAACCGGGAAAGUUAGACGAGCACCUGGAAGCGAUGCUUCCAGGAGUGUUACAGAAGAUAGUUGAAAAUGGAGAUUCUCAAAAGGCCAAGUUAAUGCUCAAGAUAAUCAAAACGGCCGAUAACUUUUUGUCGGUUUCGCCCGUGUCGCCGAAUCCUCCAAAAACUUCUACCCCAAAGGCCCGCCAGCGAGAAAGUAUGUCUCCAGAGAAAGUGAAAGAGAUUAUUUUUGGAAGCCCGAAGGAUAAAUCAACUGCAGAAUCGAAUUCCUUUGAAGUACCCGCUUCCAAAAAUCGAUCCCAGUCCACUCAAGUCAAAGAGGAAAUCCGGAAUUCAAUCUCUACUCCAGAUCCUAUCACUAGCUUGGCGGCCAAAAUUUACGCCACAAGGAAGCGCAAAAGUAUAAGUGCUAGUAAUGAUGAAUCAAAGCCGAAGGAAGUAAGUCCGGAGUCGGCGUCGCAAGAGCCGCGAAAAAAGAGCAAUCGAAUAAGGUCGAGCCUCGCAAGCAAACCCAAGGAUGAAGAUGGUAGUAGCUCCACUGCUUCUGAGCCGGCGCCGGUUCCAAAAUGCUAUUCCGGUAAGAAACGUAAAUCUAGCACUCCGGUGGUGGACGUGAUCAAAGAACCUAAGCAGAGCAAGAUUGAAUCCGUAGUGCUACAAAGAGAAUCGGACAGCUGGAAAACUGUCCCAUCUGGCAAAAAAGCUAAACUAGCCUCGGAGUCAACCGAAAGCGAGGGGGAGAAAGUGGAGACGACUAAAGAAGUUGAGAAAAAGGAGGACCCUAAACCGGAAACUAGUGAUAGCUCGGUUCCCAAACCGGAUGAGAAAGAUCAACAAGAGCCACCGGCGGCUGCGACCAGCGCUCCGGUUGAACCUGAAGUCGCCUCAAAGGUAGAUGAACCACAAAUACCAAAGAGCGCUGAGCCACCUGGUACUACCAACAAGUUGAAUCUACUGCCAUUGAUUCCACUAGCGGCAGAUGAAAUUAAAACGGAACCAACCGAAGAGGAACCACCACCCCCUAGUGAACCAUCCGUUGCUGAUCAUGCAGUAGAAUCGACAACUGCUAACACUAGCAACGGCUCUGUCACCAUUGCUACAAAUGCUAAUGAUAGUUCUUCUACAAAUGCGUCCCUACCAUUGCUACCGAUAAAAUCAGAACCGGUUUCCGACGAUGAAUCGUCGAUAGGUACUGCUACCACAAACCAAGCUCCCCCACAACCUGCUAAACAACAAACAGAAAAUCCGAAUCAAGUUUUAAUACGUACUAGCAACAGGAUCAUGGUUCGAAAUAUCAAUCAACUCACUAAUCAGACUGCGCCCAGAGCAAAUGCAGUGUUCAACAACAACGGACAACCCGUAGUUCUAACUCCCGUAGAUAAAUCAAAAGUUCCGCAAAAGAUUACACCGAAAGCUCCAAUAAUCAUCCAUGCGAAAGCCCGUAAGCCCCCUCUUAUGCAAACAGCCGCCCAAAGCCAUCCGGUAGCGAUCAAGAGAACUACAACUGUUCCGGGACCAUCCGGAACGAACACUUUCCCCGCCGGUAGAAACAGUGGUAGCAUGAUGCAUAUGGUUCACAUUCCAAGUCCGCUUCCCAUGGCGGCUAACGAUCUAGCUGGACGAUCUGACCAACCCAAUGGAGGUUCCGCAGUGCCACAGCAGCAACCAUCCACCACCAAUACCACCCCGGUCAGCAGCAAUGAACCUACCGGUAACAAUCCAACUCCAAAUCAAUCCAACCCUGCGCCGACGCCGCCGAUGACUAGCGGCGAACAACCAUCAUCAUCGUCGUCAGCGGCGGGUGGAUCGGCUGAAGGAGAUCAUAUGAUGGCCGGAUUCAUCACGCCCAGUCUCGCGGCGGCAGUGACGGAAACUAUUGUCUCUACGCCUCCGAAGUUGCACUCGCGGCCGAGUGGCGCCUUGCGCUCCGAAGGAGACUGUGUUUACCCAUCCGGGGCUGGCCCCGUGUCGCAAAUAUUGAUAAACAAUUCCUACAAGAUGGCUGAUUUCUUCCGAUCUGUGAUCGAGGACACGUUGUCCGACCUUUCCAACAACAGUGGUGCCCUGGAGGCCAAGGUUAAAGUUCUGGAGUUGGAGAUAGAGAAGCUCAAACACUGCCACCAACAGGAAAUUACCAAGCUGAAGCACAACUCCGACCUGGUGCUGUGCGAGAUGCGCAAAAACAUGGAGGUGGAAAAGACGCGCAUCAUAAACGAGGUUCGCAAGCAGUGCGAGUUGGAGAGAAUUCGUUCCGUGGAGGAAGCAAAGAAGAAGCAGUGGUGCGUUAACUGUGGCAAGGAGGCACUGUUUUACUGCUGCUGGAAUACGUCGUACUGUGAUUAUCCCUGCCAGCAGCAGCACUGGGCAACGCACAUGAACCACUGCACCCAGAGCCAGUUCAACCUACCGAGCAAUGCGAUUGCCUCGAAGCCAUCGACUGUGAUCAACAAUAAACUUACGACGCAGCAGCAUAUCACCACGCCGAAAAUUACCACCGUGCAGACACUGAACCUGAACGGACGGGCCGGACUGACGAUACAACCUGCAUCGCAAGCUCAACAACUUCAGCAGCAACAGCAACAGCUGAUAAUCACCUCCGCACGAGGAGCAGCGCAGCUGGGCAAGGGACAGCCCUAUCAGCGAUUGAUGUUAAACCCUGUCUCGGCGGGUCCACCAGCGUACACCAUUGUCAGUAGUUCUCCGAACCGAUGGCCCCCGACCGGAUCCCUAACGGCCUCCAUUGGUCCCGUAGAGCCACAAGUCGGUUCACCUACGCCCGUUGGUAUACUGACCAGCUCCAGUGUGGUAGCCGCAGCAGUUACCGGUGGAGUGCUUGGUCGACCCGGCAGCAACAUUAAGCCAGUUGCGGGCGAAAAGUUUGUCGUCGGUGCCAAGUAGAAGCUGUCGCGGAACAGCGCUUCACAAUUGUAUGAUAUGUGUAAGUAAAAUUUCACCAAGUUUUUAAUCGUAGAUGUGAAUAUGAACGUGAUACAUAAAAUGAGAAUGUCUUUCGUUGGACACUAGAACAAAACUUGUACUUCUGUAAAAUAUAAUGUGUAACGUAAGAUGAGUUUAUUUUCGAAUGCAAUAAAAGAGUGAGAUUGCAACAUAUGCUAUGAAAACAAUUUACACGACAUCGAAAAAUAAAAUGAUGAGAUAUGUAUUAUUACUGUGCAUAAUAAACUUUAUUUUUAUACUUCGAUUUUCUUCGAAAGCAUUGCCUAGUAAGUAACUCAGGUUCAAU